GGAAUUACCGCUAGUUAUGAGGGCCGAGAUGAUUGGGACCCACUAAUUACUACUAAACAGGAGCAAAUAUUAGGGUAUCUAAGAUUAUGUUCUGGUAAUGGUUUAUUCCUAAUGUUUAUUCCUCCCCAAGAGGCCCCCACAAUUAAUACUUAUUCUUCACACGGACAAGUUGAUAAUAAUUUAGAUGCGUUAACCAUUGAUAAAGAGGAAUUAGAUAAAGUUAAUGCUAUAAUAAAACAAAUAAAUGAUGCUAAAAAUUUAAGUGAUUUGCCGGCCGAGACGGAUAUUAAUGCGACGAAAUAUGAAGAAAAACAAGCGGAGAAAAAUCGUCUUAUCUCUCUCAUUAAUGAAGCCAAAAUUAAACCUGACAUUACUGAAAUUGAGGCAGAAUUGAAUAAAAAACCUGUCGUUUCCAGCAGCGAACUUAAAAAUUCGGAUUAUCAAACAGAAAUGAUUAAUUUGGUUCGGGAUGAUAGCCAACGAGCGACCCAAAAACAAGAAAUAAUUAAGGAGAUUAGCCAGAUUAGAGAAAACAAGUUGGAAAAAGUUCGCCAAAUAAUCACCCAAGCCCAAAAUAUUUUCAACAAAGAUGCGGCUACUAAGAAAGAAUUGGAGCAAGUUAUUAAUGAUUUAAAAACUUUGGCUAAUGCUCCCCAAGAUAGUGCCGAACAAAUAAUUUGGACGGAAAAAGAAACCGAAAAUAAAAAAUUAUUAACUGAUUUAGAAGCCAAGUUAAACACUAAUUUUCCUCCCGAACCGGAAAAAGAAGGACCAAAUGAAAAACCGGAACUUCCUACUCCCCUAACACCGCAAGAAGAAGCCGAAAAAUAUGGAACGGAUUUUGCUAAUUUAAAAUCCACUCAACAAGAGGGACGAAAAAAGAUUUUUCAUUACGAUAGAAGUUUAGAAUUUCUGGCUAGCCAAAAGAAAGUCAACGAAGAGUUAAAAACCCAUGAGGAUAAUUGCUCGGAAAAAAAUAAUGCUAACCACCAAGCCAGCAAAGCAAAUGAAGCCAAACGGCAAGCCCGGGCCGAUUUGGCUUAUCACGAAGAACACGAGUGCGGCCAUAAUUUAGAAAAACCCAAAAUUGCCAUUUACUUUUCACCGAACCAAGGAGGAAAUAAGCACGCUGAUUUAACUUAUACGACAAAGGUUAAUGAGAGCGAAUUAAGUUUGGAACAAGAUAAUCAGGGGGAAAUUUAUCAAGAAAAAUCGCCAAUCAACUUAACUCCUUGA